UUCAUAAAGGCAGCAGCAGCAGCAGGAGGUGCAGUGACAGCAGCAGGAGCAGCAGGAGCAGCAGGAGCAGCAGGAACAGUAACAUCCCAACAACAAGCUGAAGAGUUGCCGCUGAGCAGACACGAACAUGGCGGAGCGUCACUGCUGUUGUGUGUGAGUCAGUUCUGCUGCUUGUUCUUCACUCACACCUGGACCAACGUAGCUGCGCGCGAGGAACGUCAUGAGCCGACACACAACAGGUGAGCAGAGCUCCGGUCAGAGGAGCGGGACCUCCUCACCGCUGCCUCCGGAUCACGUGCUGAACUCUGGAGCUGUGUUACUCCCCGGUGCCUUUGAUCAACAUGGCUGCCCUCUGAUCGUGUUCCCGACAGACACACACGCCAAACUCUCCUCACAAGUCAGCACGGCACAUGUGGUGGACUUCAUCCGUUACUUUCUCUCUCUGCACAAUAAGCAGCAGGAGAAGCAGAGUUUGGCGUCUGUUGUGGCUGAUCUGAGUCUCUCCUCGCUCCCGACCAUCAAGUUCAUCACUGAGACUCUGCUGCUGCUGGAGCUGCCCAUGCGGACCGUACACAGUGUGUACAUCAUUCAGCCCAAAAAGAAGGAUGUUGCCAAGCUGUUGCUAAAACUCCUGUCUCCAGCUUCUUUCAAGAAAGUCUUCUUGAAAGAAAUCCCAGCACUCUCCAACCACAUCGACCGGAGCCAGUUAACACCAUCACUGGGUGGAUACUUUAUUUACUGCCAUCACAGCUGGGUCACAUUCGUUAAGGAGAUUGACGUGUUUGUCCAGGAGUUCGUGUCCGUGGUCCAGCGGCUUCCAACCUGCAUCUCCUCCCUGCAGGCUCUGUCCAGGCUGCCGCUGCCCACCACACUCGCAGAGCUCCAACAUUUCUGCUCCACCAACGAGGCCAAGUUCCAGCAGCUCAGGAGGGAGCUGGGUCUGGAUGAGCUGCUGAGCCACUGUGAGAAUGUGCUGGAGAAGCUGCGUCACCCUGAGCAACAGCCCUGUUACCAGGCCAUGGCUGGCACUGCACUCUUCUUCCACACGGCCUUUGACAUGCUCCACAACCACAGGAGAAUAACGACAGCUGUGGAGAAAGUGGAGCUGCUGUGGCAGCAGGCGUUUUCUCAGGCUCGUCUGCAGCUGCAGCUCAUCCAGCUGCGAGGGGAAGCUCUGCAGAUCACACAGCACAUUGAAACACUUGAGAAGAAGCUCCAGACAUACAACAUGGACAUUGCCAAGGACGCUGCACAGGCAGAGGUCGUGUUGUCCCACUUUGAGACGUCCAUUCACACUCCUGCUAUGGCACAUGUUGGCUGUGCUGAAGACGUGAUCCACACAUUGACCCACAUCCUUCCAUCAGAUCGUCAGAGCAGGGAGCUCUGGGUUCUGGACCUGGAGAGACUGAAGGAGAAAAUGCGCUCUGCUGUGAACUUGACUCUCCAAACCCUCCGAGCCGUUUCCAACUAUCAUCACUACUUCAACAAGGCCAACAGCUGGUACAGUCUGGUCCUCUCUGAGGACUUCCUCCAGGAGCUGCUGUCAGGUGUUUCUGCAGCACAGCGAUACAAGAGGAACUUUGCUUCUGUCCCUGCAUGGAGGCACAGACUGUCCACUUUCCUGAAGAGGAACCCUCCACCAGACAUGGAGGAGCUGCUUCAUCUGGCUCACCUGUCUAAAGUCAUCCCUGAUGAUGAAGUCCAGUGGGCGGGGCAGCGGAUGUCUGAGCGGUGCGUGACCCUGAGGAAGCUGCUGAUGUCUUCAGGGUCAGUGGUUGUGGCUUCCCUCCAGCAGGCCUUACACUGGCAGUAUGAGUUUUUGUGCAGCAGCAGCCAUGUCCACCGCUCCCCUGCUGACAGAGCAGCUAAGGAUGUCCAAAACAGCCGAUCUGAAUGUGGACAUGUCAUUGGACAGUCGUCUUCAUCUACAGUUAUCGGGACUGUGCCCACUAAGCACAAACCUUCCUCCCUUACCUCAUUCGACUCGGGCCUCGUUGGAGCAGCAAAAGGCCAAGUGGAGGUGUGGGGAGGUCCAGGACUGAAGGCUCCAUCAGUAUUAGCUGGGAACAUGGACUCUGCGAGACCUGCCAAGAGCAUGUCGGGUGUUUCAGAUCAUGAGGAUUACACCAGUAUCCAGAUCACCCCCAAAGAUUCCCCCCACUUUGAGAUUCAAGUGAAGCGCUCUGCUGCACUGCCGACUAACCCCUGGCUCAGUUUACCGGUCGAUGAUCUGGAAAAGUCUUACACCGUCACCAUCACAGAGAAGACAGAGCUCCACAGUGGUUCAGAUCCACACUGCAGCAGUCCUCACAGAGCAGUGUUCAGCAGCUCACAGCCUGAACACUGCUCACUCGACUCACAAAGCACUUUGGAGGAGUCUCAGUUCAGUCCCAUCCACAAUGUUCUCUCCAGCACCAUCACAGAUGGAAGCUCCACUGACGGGAUUCCCACUCUCCUCUGGGAUUCAUACGACCUCCAUGAGCAGAAUCAUUAUGCAGGGAUGAGUUUGGUGGAUUUCUCAGAGGAGGACUGGGAUGAGAAGGAGCACGAGGGUUUGAGGGAGGUGGAGAAGAUCCUGGACCGGGCAGAUCAGAUACUAGAGGAAGAAGAAAGUGUGGCGGCUCAGGAGGUCGAACUGGAGGCUCUGCUCAGGUCUGAGAACACACAAGGUCACUGGCCGCAGCUGCUCACUGCGAUGUCGUCCACUGAGCUGACUGAAGCUGGUGUUCUUGGUCUUGAUGACAGCGUGGAACCGGCAGAAGUUUUUGGAUCAGCUGGAGAUGUAAGUGGAACUCAGGCCUCUGAAGAUGACGGACACUUUGACAGCAGGCCGGACCUGCUGACCGAGCUGAGGACAGUGCACGUUCUGGAGAACCUGAAGAUCCACGAGCUCAGGUGCUGUAAAGAAACCCCCAACAAUGAAGUGCUCAACAGCAAACCUGCAAAUGGGUCAUCAGGUGGGAGCAGAGACGGGGAGGCUUUCCCCUUACAAGUGGAGAAGGAGAAAAGGGAGGUGGAGCAGCUUGAGAGGAGUCUGCCGGGAGAUAGACCUCUGAAGGUUGUCAAAUGUUCUGUCAUGAAGACUGGAGGGGAAUUUAAUGAAGACCUGUCAUUGUAUGAUGAGCUCUCAUCACAGAGAACACCCUCUGUCUCUGUAUCACAACACAACAGUGAGCCUGCGUCUUCUGACUCUGCUCCAUGUGGUUGUGAUGGCACUGACGUGAAGCUCCCAGCUCAAGAGUCGGGAAAACAACUCGGGGAAAGCUCCUCGAAGAGAGAAUGGGGAGAAUCUGCGCGUGAAGCAGCAGUUUCCCCUGACAUGAGGCGAGAUGACGGAGCGUUUGACCCCGGUGGAGAGUCCCUCCUCCCUCCUGAUCCAAAGGUGCUGGAUCCAGGUCCGUCUGCAGUGGCUCGACGUCCUGAUUUCAUGCAACCUGAUCUACAGGAGGAACCAUUUCAAUCACAACUGGACUCAUGUCACGACAGUCACAUGUUUCUCCAUCCAAAGGUGACGGCACACAGCAACAACAACAACAACAACAACAAGCAUUCAGAAGAAUCUGAAAUUACUGCUGAAGAUGAAGGUGAUGCAUCUGAAGUGUCAACGUGUUUACAUGAAGCAGAGGAAAUCCACACUUUCUCUGUAGAGACGUCACAGCAGGCGGCAUCAUCAUCGUCAUCAUCAUCAGCAGCAGCAUCAUCAGCAGCAGCACGGCUGCCUCCUCACCGGCUGAAUGAAGACGGUCCUGAUGGUUUUUGGAGGAUAUCCCGAUGUGGGUCACCUGGUUACCUUCAUACGAGAAAGAUAUCAGACUGUAAGACGCCCAUAGUACUGGACACAGGGUCUGGUAUGAUGAAAGCAGGAUUUGCAGAUCAAGAACAACCAAAUGUUCUGUUCCCAACAGUAAUCGGGACACCCAAGUAUGAGGAAGUCAUGAACGGUCACUUUGAAAGGGAAUCUUACAUUGGACACGAGGCUCAGCACAUGAGAGGAGUUCUGGCUCUGAAGCAUCCCAUAAAGAACGGAAUCAUCCGCGACUGGGAUGACAUGGAAAAGAUUUGGGAUCACAGCUUCCAGCUGCUGUGUGUGGAUCCUCAGGAUCACCCUGUGCUGCUGACCGAGGCCGCCAUGAACCCUGUGGAGAACCGGCAGCGUAUGGUGGAGAUCAUGUUUGAGUUCUUCACUGUUCCCUUCACAUACGUGGCCAUGCAGGCUGUGCUGGCUCUUCAUGCAUCAGGCAGAUCCACUGGUGUGGUGUUUGACUCUGGAGAUGGUGUGAGUCACAGCGUGCCUGUGUUUGAUGGAUACUGUUUACCUCAUGCAGUGCAGCGCCUCCCUGUGGCUGGUGUGGAUGUGACCAUGGAGCUGAGAAAGCUUCUGCAGGAGCAGGGUCUGAGCAUGUGCACCACAGCAGAGCUGGAGAUAGUGAGGGAGAUGAAGGAGAAGUGCUGCUGUGUGGCACUGGACUAUGAAGCAGCACUCACUCAGGACAGCGCCUCCUGCAGGGAGAUGCCUUACACUCUGCCAGACGGACGCAUCGUCACCCUCUGCACAGAGCGCUUCAGGGCUCCUGAGAUUCUGUUUAAACCACAGAUGAUUGGACACGAUCAUUAUGGGAUACACGAGAGCAUCUUCAAGUCCAUCCUCAGUUCAGACAUCGACUUACGGCGCUGCCUCCUGGGAAACAUCAUACUGUCAGGGGGCAACACUCUGUUGCUGGGCCUGCCUGAGCGGCUGCAGGCAGAGCUUGGAGACCUGACACCUGCUGACACUGGGCACAGUGUUCAUGUCAGCAGCCCUAAAGACAGAGACUUCUCAGUGUGGUGUGGGGGGGCAGUGCUGGCCAACCUGCCCACCUUCAGCUCUGCAUGGAUCAGCCAGGAAGAAUAUGAGGAGUUUGGCCCACAGAUUGUCUUCAGGAAAUGCUUCUGAGAUCUGUCUCCAUCUGCAGCUCAACCAUAUUAUCUCAUGUAAAUGUCUGUCUUACUGUUGUCGUCGUCAUCAUUGUGCACUCUCUCUCCUCUCUCUCUCCUCUCUCUCCUCUCUC